GCAGCGGCGUAUCAAAAUGCCUUCAGUAUCGCAGUCGAUCAGCUUCACGCGUUUACGCCAAAGACCACCAAUCGUCCUCAGGCUCGUAGUCAUCAGGCUUCAUCAACCCGAACAGAAAGGUUAUCGUUUUCAAAAAAUCCCUCCCGUCCUUUCUGCUUCAAAUGUGAAGGUGACCAUAAGCUCGAGGGCUGUGGAGACUUCAAAUCGUUGGCGGUUGGAGAAAGAGUGGCCUUUUGCGCGAAACAUCGAUUGUGUUUUGGCUGUUUUGGUACCAAGCAUUCCGCAAGGUUUUGCGCCCAGAGGAAACCUUGCAAGUUUGCAGAUUGCCGUCUCUUCCAUCACGGGCUUCUGCAUGACCCAACCCGAUCAUCUAACAGUCCGCCAGCAGAGGCAUCUAGAUCGGCAGUAGUACAGACAGGAAGACGACAAUGCAGAGUUGCUAUGGGAAUGAUGCGACUUAAGAUUUUGGAUUACAAAGGAGACUCGGUGUGGGCCAACGUUUUCAUAGAUGAAGGCAGUGACUCUACCUUGAUGAGACAGGGAUUCGCUAAUGUCCUGAAAAUCGCCGGUGUGCGUCAGAUCCUUACCGUGGACGGUGCCGGAAGUGUAGUGAAUCGCUAUCCCUCUCAACGCGUGGAUUUCCAGAUCAGCACUGAUUCGGGUGAGGUAUUGAAUCUCGCUUGUUCCACUCUCCCGACCGUCGCUAGUGCCACACCCGUAACGGAUUGGUCGACUCUUAAACGACGCUGGGCACACCUAUCUGACCUGCCAGUGAAGGAGACGGGUGGAAGAGUGGAUAUUCUUAUUGGCACCGAACAUUCCCAUCUGUUGGUGCCCCUCGAAUCUAGAGUCGGGAAGGACUAUGAGCCUACUGCCAUCAGGAGUCGCCUGGGUUGGGUGAUACGAGGCGUAAUUCAAGAUGGCGCUACUAUUACAGCGAUACGCGUCCAUAAGGUAACGAGCACAACCCAGCUAGAAGAGCUUACUGCGGAGUUGCGGCGCUUCUGUGACACCGAAAACUUCGGAACCGAAUCGAAGUUGGUGGGCAUGUCAGCAGAAGACCGUCAGGCAGUCGCCAUUUUGGAAGCCGGAACAAGAAAAUUGGACAUUGGCUAUGAGGUUCCGAUUACGUGGAGAGCAGGAGAGCCAAAUCUUAUUUGCAAUCGCCAGAUGGCACAGCAGCGUCUUAGUGGUCUGCUACGACGAUUUAACAGGGACCCUACCUUUGAAUCUGAUUAUCGGGCUGCCGUGCAAAAGACGAUAGAUAAAGGUUACGCUUCAAUUUUAUCCGAAGAGGAUGCAAUUUCUGCCAAAUAUUUCCUGGCUCACCACGGUGUGUACAAGGGUACGAAGCUUCGGGUUGUCUUCGAUGCAGCAGCGCCUUUUAACGGAAAGUGCCUGAACGAUGCCAUUCUCAGCGGUCCGGCACUCCAACCUUCUCUUCCGUCGGUCUUGAUCCAGUUUCGGGAAGGAGCGGUGGCAUGGGCAUCAGACGUGGAAGCAAUGUUUAGCCGUUUCCGACUUAGUGCCACGGAUGCCAAUUAUUUCUGUUUCUUGUGGCAAGACUUCGCUUCUUCAAGACUUGUAGUGUGUCGCAUGGAUCGACUUCCGUUUGGCGCUACCUGCUCCCCAUUUAUAGCUAUUCAUACAACUCGACGGGCAGCUAGGGAAGCGGACCAGGGACAGGAAGCCGUCGACGUGGUGGAGAAAAAGAUGUACGUUGACGACUAUCUGGGAUCAGCCGGAUCCGUCGCCGAAGCAGUACGAGAGGCUACCACCUUAAAGAAGGCCUUAGCAGCAGCCGAUCUACAUUUUCAAGCUUGGCUUUCUAACUCAACCGAGUUCGUUCGAGCGAUGCAAGGCGAGCAGAGGACUCCAGAGGGAGCACCAGAUCUUCUCCUAAAAGAUGGCGGAAGUGAGAAGAUACUCGGUGUCAUCUGGAACGUUCGUAAUGACACUUUGGGAUUCCGAGUUGGCGACCUGGAGGACGAAGAAUUUACUCGUGUUAGCCUUACCAGCAAGGUUGCGUCCGUCUUCGAUCCCCUAGGGAUUGCUGCACCACUCAUCGUAAAGGCUAAGAUCCGGCUGCGAGAACUUGGAGUUAGAGGCCUAAAGUGGUCUGAUCCUGUGGAUGAAAAGGAUCGUGCAUGGUGGGAGUCUUGGUUUGGGACGAUGCGGGAGCUCGCUAAUGUUUCUAUUGCCCGUUGCCUAUUUCCUGAGCAAUCAGAAAUAACCAGUUCCCAGUUGCAUGUGUUCGGUGAUGCGUCUGAAGAGUCGUAUGCUGCGGUGGUGUACCUACGCCAUACGUAUCGUUCCGGACGGGUCCGAAUCCGGAUCGUAAAGGCUAGCAGUAAAUUAGCACCUAAGAAGACUUUGUCGGUGCCAAAACUAGAGCUGAAUGCGGCUCUGCUCAGUUCCCGUGUGGCUGCGGCUACCCAGAGCUGCCUGAAUUAUCCUAUUCAGCAGCGGUUCUUCUGGACAGACAGCAGCACGGUGCGCAAUUGGAUCAGGGCCACGGCAUCCUUCUACCAGGUUUUUGUCUCAAACAGGAUCGGCGAAAUUCAAACCUUGACUGAAACGGAAGAAUGGCGCUUCGUUCCAGGACGACUCAAUCCCGCUGAUGCUGCGACACGGUCUAGAAUCGACGAAGAAACGUUUCCAAAAAUUUGGCAAGACGGACCAGAAUUUCUCCUUAAAUGUGAUUCAGAAUGGCCUCAAGAUUUGCCGUGGAUGGCUGUCACCGUAGAGCUGAAACAUACCAAGCAGUAUCAUAUCCGGGCCGCUGACGAUCCGUUCGACUGGUCAGAAUUUAAAUUAGAUCAAUCUAAUUUCUCCUCUUUCUUAAAAUUGGAAGGCGAGGGCAUGGAGUUUGUCAGACGUUGCCAGACGGAAGCUUUCUUUAAAGACAUACAGCAUCUUCAACGAGGGAAGGCUCUUCCGUCUUCUUCACAUCUGUUAGCCCUCAGCCCAACCAUUGGAGAAGAUGGCUUGCUGCGUUUAGGUGGACGGAUCGGGCGUUCUAAGUUGCCGUACGACAACCGUCAUCCUCCUCUACUGCCUGGCAAACAUCCGCUUACCCAGAGGCUCGUCCAAGUUCUGCAUGAAGAAAUGCAUCACGCCGGAACUGACUACUUGUUUGCUAAACUUUGUCAACAUUUUUGGAUUAUCCGGGGGAGAGAAGUAGCAAAGAAAACCCGCCGACUCUGUCAAUUUUGUAUUCGGGAGAGAGCUGCUCCAGCUGGCCAGAUGAUGGGCGAUUUACCGACGGUCCGUCUCAAUUCGUACUCACCUCCUUUCUCGCAUGUAGCCAUUGAUUAUUUUGGACCCUUGGAAACCAGUCAAUGGAGAAACCGGGUCAACAAGAGAUACGGGGCGCUUUUUACAUGUCUCGUGACCCGAGCGGUUCAUCUUGAAUUGGCAGAAUCUCUUUCUUCUGAAGAUUUUCUUCUCGUAUUCCGGCGUUUUAUAGGCUUAUUCAACAAGCCAGUCUCCGUGCACUCCGAUAAUGGUACAAACUUUGUCGGUGCAGAACGUGAUUUGAAUGAUCUUGUCUCAAAGUUAAAGGAAGAUGACAAACUACUCAAGUUCCGGACCGAAAAGAUUAUCGACUGGAAGUUCCAGCCACCUCGAGCGCCUCAUUUUGGUGGAGCGCACGAGAGUUUAGUUCGCUCUACAAAACGGGCUUUAUACAGAGCCUUGGAUAUAGAAAAGGGAGCUCUGCGUUAUCCCACAGAUGAGAUGCUCCGCACUCUACUAGCCGAAAUCGCGGGUUUUCUGAAUGCGCGUCCCUUGACUUAUGCUAGCUCGGAUCCAGCGGAUUUUCGGCCGCUAACACCAAAUGAUUUCUUAAAUCGCCCGCCAACAACGGAUGUAUUACCAGGCUCCUUCGAUGAUGCGUUACCUAGAGAACGUUUUCGCUACGUGCAACGAAUGGCCAAGUUAUUUUGGGAUCUGUGGACGAAGCUCUAUCUUCCGACACUGGUUCCGCGUAAGAAAUGGAAAACCGCGCAAGCGAAUCUAACAGUGGGAGAUGUUGUUAUGCUUCUCGAUCCCAAUCUAGCCCGGGGCCAGUGGAAAAUUGGCCACAUUAUUGAAGCCUACCCGGGUGGCGAUGGUCUUGUACGAGUAGUUAAGGUCCAAACGGAGGAUGGAACUUUUACGCGACCCAUCCAUCGCUUGUGCCUACUGGAACGAGCUACAACCCCUUCGACCCCGGCGCUUCAAGAAACAACAACUUCUGCCCAACCUACUUCCAUCCAAGCCAGACGAGGCCAUUGCUUGAGAGCUUGUUUCCUGCGCCUUAACGAGACUCAUCCGUCUUCUUCUGUGGAGUCGUAGCCGGAUUCGGGGGAGAAUGUUACGGCGCAAAAUAGUUGGAUCAAAUAUUGUCAUCUGGCAACGCACGAUUUAAUGGUUAAAAUAUAUUAAGCUAAGACCUCUGUUUAGCAUCAUUGUCUGUUUGCCUUUUGUCUGCUA